AUGUCGUUAGAUUUCAAGGAGAACCGCAAGCGGGGUUAUGUGACGCUGGCACCUGUAUGGCUUAUCCACAAGGAACGGCGGCGACGGGCGGUCAAAGUCAGGUGGUGGACAGACUCCACUGCGAAGCGGUUUGUGAGACGCGAUCAGCUGCGCAGGAGAGGCCUCCAUCUAAGCAUGGCCUCGGGCGACAUGAGCCGGGAGUGGCCUCCCUCUGUCCAAGCGGGAGGCGCAAGGAGCGGAGGUACUGGCGGCAAGCUGGAUCCGAGGACCUGA